AUGGCAACAAUCGAAAAAAUCGAAGAGCAGUUAAAAAAGGCAGAAAGAAACCAUGAAGAGGCGAAAAGAAAGUUAGAGGAGUUUGAGGAAUGGCUGAAAAAGUUGAGAAAGUUGAAUAGUCAAAUAAGAUGUGAAAUAAUAGAUUUGGAGAAGAAAGAAGAGAAAUUGGAGGUGGAGAAGAAGAAGUGGGGAGACCAGUUGAUAAAUUGGCAGAAUGCAUUGAUUGAAUUUGGUAAAGGUGAAGGUGCAAUUAAAUGUAAAGCUGAUGAAAUUGCUUUUGAAUAUUCCAAACUUAAACUAUCAGAGCUAAUGGAACAAGAACUUUUCCAA